UUUGUAGUCACUACCUACUCCCUCUGUCCUUUAUACUUUUUACUGUUCUUCCUCUUAUGUCUCUCUAUUUUUUCCUACCUUUCUAUUACUCACUCUCUCACUCCUCUGUAGUAACUUGGAGGACAUAGCUAUUCACAGUUGUUAGUCCAGGGGAACAGCUAAGUUAGUAGUUUUUCCUGCAUUUACCACAUCUCAACUUCAGGAAGUGUGAAACCAGAAACACUCAGUUAUGGUAACGAUCACUAUGGAUAGGACAGCAGCCAAACUGUGUGUUUAAAGUGUAUAAUUUCUGACAAGAAAUCAGUGGACUGGUAAUAGUAUGUUGAAUUUACAUCUAGCUUGUCUCUCACAGGGUUUACAUGCUGUAGGCAUUGAACACAGCCAGAAGGGAGAAGUCAAACCAUACAAGGAUGGAAAUAGAAUAAAGCAAUGGCACUGUAUUUUCUUAUAUAAAAAGCAAAUUAUAUCAUGGCCAUGAAAAGUACUGGUUUCUGAUUGGCUGGUCAACUAUUUAACCCCAGUGCAAAAGUACAUCAAACUGCAGAUAACCAUAACUGCAUUUAUGUUGCUAACCAGGGCUUAGGUCUGUUUCACUGUCAGCCAUUUUUAAACAAACUUUGAAGAUGGUUGAUGAUUUGAAUACAGCUUCUCUUAUUGCCUGUGGUUGGUGGCCAUCGUAUAAGCACAGUAAUACACUCUAAGAUGUCCCAAUAUGGAAAAUAACAAAUAUGGUGGAGGAAACACCAGUCUGAUUGUUGCCAUGGUGUUCUCCACCUCUGCCAUAUCUGUUAAUUUCAUAUAUAAGAGCUCUUAAGUCACUUUUAUCACUGACAUAAAUGUGUAUGCGUUCAUUUUAGCAUUCGCUUGCUUCUAGUUUCCAGCAAUGCAUCAAAAUGUUUCUUCAGAGUGCCUUGGAGAAACCUUUUGUGAUUAAAAUGUGAUAUACACAUUUAUGUUGGUGAGUGUAGAUAAAUAAGCCUUGACCUAUAAGCUUUAUCUACUAAAUGAUUUGGCCUUUAAGCAGGUAUAAAUGCCUCUGUCAGUCAACGUGAAGAUAAGCCGAGCGCAGCAGAGGACGGGUUACAACCUGUUCACCUUAUAAUGAAAGGGAGUGUCAGAAACUGAAGUUGACACGCACCCUAUUGUGUGUGCACUGCCCUUGUAUCAAAUAUGCAAACACAAACUCUGUGUUAUUGGACAGUGAGUUGGAGGUCUCACUGGUGCCCUUUGUAUAGCUUGUUGGAGGCAGGUGCAUGCCGUGCCGUCCCUGCUGAAUUAUUUAGUUAAGACUUACUAAUUUACCUUUACAGGGAUUAUUAAACAGUGCUGCACUGCUACAUAAUUUACACACUAGUCAGUCCACAUACAUUUAUAGUGGAAAUUUAAGAAGAAUGUAAGGUCUUGCAAAGCUGAGAUGCAAAGAGCAGCUAAAAUAAGACAUAUAAGGAACUUGUAUUGAUCAAUGCCAAAUCAUAGGAGUGCUGUUCCCCUGCACUCCCUACGUCCUGCUUUAUAAACAAACCUUUUCUCCUCAUCCUUUCAUGUCUUCAAAGAUAUAUCACCUCUAGCUUUCCACUUGCUUUGGCAUUCUAGCCUUUUUCCCAGCAUGCACUGCUCUUUUGCCUGCAUCUCACAGAGAAAGUAGCUGGUGGUGGCGCCCCCUCUCUGCGCAUGGUGGCAUCACUGGGUGGUCUUGGACCCAGGAAAUGGCUCUGUUAGCUAACAUCAAGGCUGUAUUGAUGUGCUUGAUAGCCUUCACAAAUCCAUUCUCUGGAUUGUCCGGAUGUCAGUGAUGCAUGAUUUCUGUAGAGCAUGGUUUAGAGUCACUGAAGGCAGGACUUGGUCUGUACAAUGUAUCCAAAUUGUUCCUACAUGCUGUGGCCCUCCCUCUACAUAAAGCCACAGCGUCUGCCGCAGGACCUGCUAUGACUGAGAGCCGACACCUGUCACUCAGAGGGCGCGCAAAGGGGGCUCUCCAAUGGAAACGAGCCUCUUAUCACACCAACUGUUGUCAUGUUCAUUCUCUCUGAUUUCACAGGAAGCUCCCAGGGGCCACUGUUUGGACUGUCACAGCUCUAUUUCUCUGUCUUUUCACACUGUCUUCAGUUCUCACAUGCUUUCUUUGUCCUCUAUGUCUAGUUCGGUGUCUAUAAACAAGAACUCACACAUGAGCACACAAACACACUUGCACACUAAGUCCUUCUCUUUCUUCCUCUGUCUCUCUUCCCUCUCCUAAUCUAGAAGAGGUUGGGUUGUCUGUGACACCUGGUCAGCUCAUUUGGUUCCCCUUCUCUCUUACGAGACAGCUGCCAUUCCUCAGCGAAUGCAAUUUGUUUAUUGGGCGUUCCACAUCAGGGCCCAUUAUUCUGAAAGUGCUCCCAGAAUAAUUAUGAGAUAUUAACGGUACACCUGCUCUGCAGUUACUCCUGGGAUUAGAGGUGGAAAUACAUGAAUGUUCUCUCCACCCACGUACCUGCCCUCCCACCUAUAGACUGAUGUCUUGGUCCCAAGGUAUCAUCAUACAAGGAGAAAAUAUUCACUCUUGACCACUCUGAUGGUCAAGGAUUUUGGUUUUUGGUUGUUUGUGAAAGGGUGUGAUCAUAUGAAGUGUGCGGCUUGGAUGGAGAAUGUGCCCUAACUGUAUGUGUCGCAGUACAAGGCAAGUGCACUGAUACACUGUGAGAGCUUUCAGCCACCAUUCAAGAAAGGUCAGGCUUAGACCCGGGUCGACUUUACCCUCAAGCAGGUCAUUCUAAAUUCCCUUUCCCCUGAAACUCAUGUCUUUCAUUGUACCUGCCAGAGUGACUGUAACCCCAGAACUACCACAUCACACAAAGUGGCACGAAGGUACUCAUCCAUUUUUAAUGCAUUUUUCUCACCCCCCUCCCCAUCACACUGUACACAUAUCUUGCUUCUUUUUUAAUCAGUAAAUCCCCACUGGUGCAACGCUCCAAUGCAAGUAGUUCAAUCGAGACUCACUUGUACCAGGGAUGAGAGGUCGCUCAGGGACAGGCAUCACUCAAGCACACUCGCACUCACCACACAUGAAUGUGAAGGGAAUGGGAGCAAAUUUCCGUUUUUUGCAACCUGAGAUUUCCAUCUUUAGUGGCAGGUCUCAGCCUAGACCCAUAUAUUCAUCUUUUUGUUGCGGUGCUCAGAACAGACUGUGCAGACAACACACUCAUUUGACAAUAUCUUAGAAAAGUCAUUGUGUCUGUUAUUUGAUAGUUAUUUUAAAGUCUCAACGCAAAUGAUGUGGCUUAUAUCUUAUUCUUUCAUCAUUCAGUUCUUUUCCUCUCUCCUGUUAUCGGAGUGACUGCAGCUGCAGUGUUGGACAGGGUCACAGAUCUAAUCAGUAACAAAGCACUGCAGCCGGUACAGCGGUAUUAGAGAGGGCCAAGUCUAAGCUGUCAUCACCUCCGCAGCCAAGUGCCUGGCCACACAAAGUGCUUGUGGAGCAGUGUAAAUAACAAGAGUGAAGCUAGCAGAAAAUGAAUGGUGGCACAUGACAUAUUUUUAGUAUCCUAAUGUCCACAUUAGAGGAGUGCAGGAUACUGUGUUGAAUAAUAUCUCAUCUCAGUCACAGUCACUUGAACAGCUACCUUUUUUCUUUUAUUAUAACAUGAUGAUGCGGGAUUGCUGGAAUGUACCUUCUCAUCAGCACAGCUGUGAUAUAAUUGAACCCAUCCGAGCAUGAUGGUAUGUAAAGCUAUACGUUUGUCUGGCAGUAAAAGAAAGCUAACAAAUUGAGAUAGAUUUAUUAAAACUUUGAUCAUUUGGGGAAUUUUCUGUAGUCAGAGAUAGUUGAUAGAUGCAAUGGGUUUAAAAAUGUAUUGCUACAAGCGUUGAUUGGAUCAGUCAUGGAUUUAACAGUGAAAUGAGAGAAUCAUAAAGAAAUUUUAUGCAGUUCAAGUUUUUUUUAAGUAUGCAACUUUCCAGUGGUGUGCUUAGAAAGUGUUUCUUAGCCUCUCAUGUGAAAUGAGCAGAAAGAGAUUCAGCCCUUUUGCAUGCAUGCCUCUGGCUGCGCUCGACUUGUCUCAUUUGUUGGGCUCUUAAAGCCUCGCUUAGAUGAAAUUUGGCCAGUGCAGCUAUCGAGCUGCUAUGAAGCGUUGUGCACUGGAGAGAUUAUCCCUGACCAAACCCUUAACCCCGUCUGUGUGUGUAUGUGACAGCAGUACAUUUGACUGCCCUGCCAACAGCACCGGCCAGCCAGCAGCUCUGUCAGCGCUGUGUUUCUGCCUCAGCUCACAGGCUACUUGGGUUGUGCAGUACGUCAUCUGGACAUAGCCCACGGACUUGGCCAUAACGUUGCUGACACAUGAAGACAUGUAUGAUCACAUGAACACACUCUAGGCAGAAGUUUAGAAAGUAGUCAUGCUCACAUUCACACAGACACAAGUUGUCACUGACACACGCUGACAGAGAAGGCUUCAGCUGUUAAUUAACUUGAGUGCUGCCGCAAUUAGGUUUACAGUCAUUUGAAGAUCUGUGCUUUGGGAAAGAUCUACAAUGAGUGUUAAAUACAAACAUUUUAUCUGGGAUCCUUUUAGUAAUGGCAGCAGCUUGUUUUAUAGGCAUGAUGUCCUCUGGGUAGAUGAGUCAAAACUGAUGAAAGACUAAACUGAUGAGACUUACAAACUAAGUCUGUCUGGGGAAUCAAAUUACCUAAUGGGUAACUCUUUUAGAUCAAACAUUUUACCUUUUAUCUGAUUAUGUUUGAGUUUUUUCAUACUGUGAAGAGGUUUGUCGCUGGCUCACCCAAUAUUGCACAUCUUUAGUGACAGAAAGAUGGAGGAUGAAGGGGAAGAUGGGACAUGAUCUUACAGCAGUGCCACAAGCUCCAUGGAAAAGGUUUAAAAGAAGAAGAUUAAACCGACAGCACAGCUUGAUAAACACUCUGCUUUACCUCUGUGCCUGCUUGAGAGAGUGCACAGUGUUACAUCAGACAUUUGUUGGAGGGAUGUAAAGUCUGAUAGCCCACUGUAUAUGAGAGAGAAAGAGUGAAAGCUAUAUUGUCAGCUCAGAAGUGAAGUCUGGAGCUGCAGACUGAGAUCCUCAAAGAGAGAAUCAUAUUUUUCGUCUAACUGGGACACAGGCAGCAUCAGAGUAGACAAAAGGCUCUGUGUUUAUUAGUUAGUAUGCCCAUGCACACUCUGAAAUUUCUUCUUUUAUCAGAUGAGUAUGCGAUUUGGCUCCAGUCUUUGGCCAUUGCAUUUGGGUUUGUUUUCCUUAAAUUUCAUUUUGGCUAUUCUGAUUGGGGUGUUUUUGUCCUUGACUCGGGAUGCUGAAGAAAAAAAAAAAGCGAGUUAUUAUGCCUAAUAUGCUUUGUGCCUCAGUUCUGAUCAUUAUAAUGAGGCCGAGUGUGUUUAUGUCUCUUAUGUGCGUAGUUGUGUAGCUGUUUGGCAAUGAAUGUGCGCUUGCCCACUGAAAUACACACCUGUAUGGUUGUGUGGAUCUUUUCUGUUUUGUGGACUGGCAGUAGGAAUCACCCCAGGCCCAGAGAGCUUUCUCUGUGUGUCAUUGUUUCUAACUCACGAGGCAAAUACCAACCUCUUUUAUUCUCAUUUUCUCAUUUUACUCUUUCUUCUUUUCAUAUGUGCAUACUCUAUCUGUCUAUGUCUAGUAUUUUCUUGCACUUAUGCACACACAAACACCUGAAAGCCUUCAACUCUUAUGGCACCAAAUGUUUUUUGUUACCUCAAAAUGUCUAUCUCUGUCUUCAACCAGUAUCACUGCUUCAAAAAUAACUUUUUUCUCUCUCUCACCUCCCCUUCUCUCUCCCACUCCCUUCUCCCAUUAUACUGUAAAUACCAUCAAUAAUAAAUGUAACAAUAGAAACCACAAUUUUCUAUAUUUGCAACUCUGAUGUGUAAGAGUUGAGAUAGAAGCAAAUUGGGGAUAGAGAUACAUUUCAUAACCACUUGUCUUAAGCAGGCAUUAUACAGUCUAUACGUCAUGAGGAGGGAGUCGGUCCAUGGGGAAAAAACUUAAUAGAAUUUGCUCAUGUUAUGCUAUUUAGGGGGAUACCACCAAAUACUAUUAUUCAGAAAUGCUUUUCCCAAUUAAUUUAUGUUCCUUUGAAGAGAAUAUGGGAAUAGCUUUCAUUUGAAAUGUGUAUACGACUCCAGUAACAAUACUGAUAGAAAAAGAUUGAAAAAAGGAGACAGACAGUACAAAUGACUUGUUAGUGGAGCAGCAUGAUUUUGUAUUUUUGGGCAAAUCACAGCCUUUGCUUGAUUCUUGCUAGUUUUGACAGGCAUUCAUGCGUGCCAAUUUUAAUUACAGACUGCAGCGACCGCAAAACCUAAUUGCAUUCUUAAUUUGAGUGGUAUCCCCCAAUUAUCUUGUUUUCUGUGUGCGUGUGUGUGCUUUGUGCGACAAUAUGAAUGUACAUGCGUGUCUUUGUUGUUCAAGGCCCUGCUAAAGACAGCAGAGGCCAUGCUGUGGUCUAACAGUUGUUUCUCCUCCUUCCUCCUCCUCUGAAAUGGGACGCUUGCAGACGGAGAAGAUCGCCCAAGAGAGGGAGAAGUUUGCAGACGAGGACAGCAUAUUUUACGCACUAGGAGAAUGUGGCCUCAUCUCCUUUUCUGACUAUAUCUUCCUUACCACUGUGCUGUCCACUCCCCAGAGGAAUUUUGAAAUUGCUUUCAAGAUGUUUGAUCUCAACGGCGAUGGAGAGGUGGACCUGGAGGAGUUUGAACAGGUUCAGAGCAUCAUACGUUCCCAGACCAGCAUGGGCAUGCGACACCGUGACCGCUCCACCACAGGAAACACCCUGAAGACAGCCGGCUGCAGCUCUGCUCUCACAACCUACUUCUUUGGAGAAGACCUGAAGGGAAAACUCACCAUCGGCAGUUUCCUGGAGUUUCAGAGGAAACUACAGCACGAUGUGCUCAAACUAGAGUUUGAGAGGAAUGAUCCUGUGGACGGCAGAAUCACUGAGAGACAGUUUGGAGGUAUGUUGCUGGCCUACAGUGGUGUCCAGUCUCGUAAACUCAAGCAGAUGCAGAAGGGACUGACGAAGAUGUUUAAGGAUGCACAGGGCAUCACAUUUGAAGAGGUGGAGAAUUUCUUUACUUUCCUAAAGAACGUGAAUGACGUGGACACAGCCCUGAGUUUCUACCACAUGGCUGGAGCCUCCAUAGAUAAAGUUACCAUGAAGCAGGUGGCUCGCACCGUGGCCAAGGUUGAGCUGUCGGACCAUGUGUGCGAUGUGGUGUUCGCUCUGUUCGACUGUGAUGGGAACGGAGAGCUUAGUAAUAAGGAGUUCAUAGCCAUUAUGAAGCAGCGGCUGAUGCGUGGGCUGGAGAAACCCAAGGACAUGGGCUUCACUCGGCUGGUGCGUGCCAUGUGGAAGUGUGCCCAGGAUACCGCCUGGGACUUCGCCACACCAAAGACAUAAUGGAGACAGGAGACGACGUGUGAGUGAGACAGUAAGACGGCGUGUGAAUAAAGCAACAACACAUCCAAGCAUCAUCAGCAUUCACCUUCAAUAGAACUUAAAUGGACAAUUAAUGCAAUGAACUCAUUAGGACUGCAGCUCAGUGGGGCAUCAUCGAUCAUUAACACAUGUCGCUGUAGUUCAAGUUAUCAGUACAGUGACUGAAGCAUGCUGACACAGCGCUGUGUGUCCUGAAAGGCUUCUCUAGUGUGCCUUUCCAAGGCAUUGUGAGCGUUUGUAUAUUUUCAAAUAUACAAUCAAACUUGAGUGUAUGUGUAUUUGUGCCAUAUAUUCUAUAGAGGAAUGCAGUGUCAACGCUAAAAGUGGCACUUUUAUAUCUGCAUUUAACAUGUUUUACUGCAAAAGGCAAGACAAGAAGUGGAAUCGAUCUAAUUUGACCUUCAGCUGCAUUAAUGCCUCAGUAUGUCCUCUCUACACUGAUGGCAGACCCUUAAUUAUUUCUUUGGUGGGACAGAAAGCAGAGGUCUAUAAUCUUGUUAGUACCUCUUCAUUCAGUCCACUAGCUCUAACUGCAACUUAUAUUUUCUUUUUUCUUUUUUUUUUUUUGGCACGUAGAAGAUCAAUGAUGUUUGUCUUGCUCCACAAUGUACUGUUCAAAGUGUGUAUUCUUCCAAUUAUUAUUCCUCACUGAAACACUUUAUAUAAGAUUGAUGGUAAAAGAAAUGCUCUAUUAAAGAUGUUUUAAUAAUGUAAAA